AUGGCGGGAAACAAUCGUAGUCAGGCGGUUGUCAAGUCACGCACACCCAAUGACUUGUCAGAGUCCUCUGCGCCAGGCUCUGGUCGCCUAGACUACAAUGACAACAGUCCAUUCCUGGACCUGCCACUAGAUGGUGAAGGUGACGACUCCUUUAACUUUGAUGAAUCUACCCAAAUGUUUGGCGAUCUUGCCGAAGAAGAUGACGACGACGAGAAUGAAAUUACAAGUACAGACCACCUUCAUGACAAACGGAAAAGUAUGGGUGAUGUCGAAGACGACGACGACGAAGGCGGGGGGAAACGUAGGGAAGCGCAAAAUCGAGCGGCGCAACGAGCUUUUCGGGAACGCAAAGAGAAACAUCUCAAAGAUCUCGAGACCACGGUCGAAGAUCUUAAGAAAACAUCCGAUGCAACAAACGAAGAAAACGGUAUACUGCGAGCUCGAGUAGAGCGUCUGGAGGUGGAACUGAAAGAAUACCGAAAACGAUUGUCCUGGGUCAGUAGUGGUGGCGGUAGUGCCAAGCAAUCAGUGACGAGCACACAGCCACGUACUGGUUCUCUGGCUGCUGGCAGCAACGACUUUCAGUUCCAGUUCCCCAAGUUUGGUGAUGCCUCGAAUGCGGCGGUCUUCGGCAACACUGCGAAUCAAAUACCUUCCCCAUCCACAGUCCGUUCAGCGCACCGGGCGUCCAGUACUCCAUCAGCUCAAUCCGCCAGUCCAGCUGGCAGCUCCAUGAGCAGACAUUCGAUAGCCAAUGUGCAGACUCACAAGCAAAAUCAAAGGCAGAACUCAGCAAGUGGUUCGCCCAAGAAUAAUAUCACACAUUCACCUCCCAGCUACAACCAAUACAGCAUCGACAGUUUCAGUGGAUUGUUCAGUCCAUCUAUUCUGGAAGCAACGAGAAAGUCGGCCAAUGGCUACUUCGGUUUCGAAAAUAAUGAGAAAAACACCACCAGUCCCAGUCGUGGCAUUUCCGACAAUUCAUUUUCUUCUGUUCCAGGCUUGUACUCGUCUUCGAGUGUAUCGAACACAGAAUCACCAGGUUCACUAUCUGACGCACACAAUCAAAUAUCUUCUAUAGACACAUCUCCAGAGCCCGUUUUCAACUCACCAUACAACAAAGUGCAAGAUCUUGGACUGAAUACAAUUAACGAAGAAGGUACACUGGGACAAUGGAACUUCAACACGACCGGUGCUCCUGAGUUCGACCCGAAUGGCUUCAACUGGCUAGCACAACAAAAUGGAGGAACAUUCGACCCAGUCUUGUUUGGUGACUACAGGGAAACGACAGACAACAUAUUAUCGCAAGACUUCGGUUCCUUCUUCAACGAUGCGUACCCGUUGCCAGAACUAGGUAGUCCCACGCACAACUAUGGCGAUUUGCCUGUCAAUCAGCAGCCACUUGAACAGACCAAGAAACCAGAUCUUAUGGCUCAAAUGGACGCUGCUGUGGGAGGCAACAAUAUCAAGAGUUUCGAGGCUCCUAAGUUAAUGACUUGCAACAAGAUUUGGGAUCGAUUGCAAUCAAUGGAGAAAUUCCGCAACGGCGAGAUUGAUAUUGACAACCUGUGCAGCGAACUUCGUGCGAAGGCCAAGUGCUCGGAGGGAGGAGCAGUGGUUGAAGAGAAGCACGUGAAUCGAAUCCUGGGGCUGUGA